AUGUCUCGCUUCACGUCGCUGCGCAGAGCCGAGUUGGCUUCCGCUUCUCUAAUUCCCAGGCAGGAUGACGGCAACCCCCUUGGAAGAUUGCGGACUUUGCUGGUUGGCGAUGGUCGACGUUGGCUCUGCCGCUGCAACCGCAGCUACUGCCAAUGCUCCGUGCCUAGCAUCCGCGCAAAGGCGCUGGAGAUCGAGAUGCCCACGAAUGAGUGGCUGCCGUCGGCCCAGAUCCCUGGCUGGAGCCCGGAGGUUGUGCUGCAGCAUGCAAAUAGUACGUUUGCUGUAGGAAUCUCCCUUCCCGCCCCAAUCCUCCCGCGGCGACAGCUAUUCCGGAAGCAGAUUUCCGUACAUAUCGACGCCUCGGCAAAUCCUACACUGCGACCUCCAAAUCGCCCGCAUAUGCGCUGCCAUGCCAUGCAAUGCGUUGUCGUCCGCAUAUCGUCCACGCGAGCAUGCGGGCCCCUUGCUGGGCAAAACCAAUGGGCAAGGCGGGAUGCCGGUGCUAAAGCGGGUUUUUCCCCAGUAUCCCGCCCAUCUAGCGGGAUGGGAAUUAAAACGGGCUAG